CCCCCUCCUUUUUCUGUGUGAAAUUGGCUGCAACAAUUGCUAAAACUCCUCUUGCACCAGGAAACCCCAAGAAACCUUCUAGCAGAAGCCAGGCAAGGCAAGCCAGCUUAGUGUGUGCACGCAGGGGCAAGAUGUUGGGGCUUGGAUUUGAGGAGCAGCUGUGGGGUGAGGAGGAGGCUGGAGGAUGUCUGUCAGAACGGAAGAGUAACGAUCAGACCCAGAGACUGGGACCCGUGGGUGAGGAAGGAACAGGAGUAUGCAUUCCUGACCAAGCAAGGGUUCCUCACCAAGUAGAAACGGAGUCACCUCCUGUAGAGGAGGAGGCCUGUAUACAGUCGGAACACCGAGCUUAAGCUGUGCUUUCUGGGCUUCCAUAAACGUGUGUCUAAAAUUUGGAGGGGGAGGGCAGCCAGUAGAGCAAGGAACUGGCUUAGGUUCCCUCCUUAGCUACCCUAGCUCCCCCUUUUUGGUAGGACCCACAGACCCGGAUCAGAGGAGAAGCAGGUAGAAGAAACCCUUGAACUUACCCAAGGAGCUUCUAUGGCUGCCUUCCUCGCUCUCUCCCACCGGGCUUUGGCUCCCAGCCACGGCCAGCAGCAAGAAAGGGAACCGAUCGCAGCUACUUCCUAAUAUCUUUCUGGCAGGUGGCUUGAGCAAGCGGUGGUGAAGAGCAGACAGCUUUAGUCUGGGGACGGGAGAGAACCAGAGAGGAUGUGAACAGUCUGAACCCUGCGGAAAGAGGGUCUGCUGGCUGCGCGCUCUGCAGGUGUGGAGCUCCUGACCCUCCACCUUUCCACGAUCUUCCAGAAUGACCCCAGACUGGCACAGCUCCUUGAUCCUCACGGCCUACAUCCUCAUCUUUCUUACUGGGCUCCCUGCCAACCUGCUGGCCCUACGGGCCUUCGUGGGCCGGGUUCGCCAGCCCCAACCUGCUCCUGUACACAUCCUCCUGCUUAAUCUGACACUGGCGGACUUGCUCCUGUUGCUGCUGCUGCCCUUUCGGAUCGUGGAAGCAGCAUCCAACUUCCGCUGGUACCUACCAAAGAUCGUGUGCGCGCUCACGGGCUUCGGCUUCUACAGCAGCAUCUAUUGCAGCACGUGGCUGCUGGCGGGCAUCAGCAUCGAACGCUACCUGGGAGUGGCCUUCCCGGUGCAGUACAAGCUAUCCCGCCGGCCUCUGUACGGAGUGAUUGCUGCUCUGGUGGCCUGGAUCAUGUCCUUCGGCCACUGCACCAUUGUCAUCAUUGUUCAGUACCUGAACUCAACGGAGCAUGUGGGCGCUGAGAACCAGGUAACCUGCUAUGAGAACUUCACCCAAGAGCAGUUGGAUGUGGUGCUGCCUGUGCGGCUGGAGCUGUGCCUGGUCCUCUUUUUCGUCCCCAUGGUUGUCACCAUCUUCUGCUACUGGCGCUUCGUGUGGAUCAUGCUCACGCAACCCCAUGUUGGGGCUCAGAGGCGACGCCGGGCGGUGGGCCUGGCUGUGGUGACGCUUCUUAAUUUCCUGCUGUGCUUUGGACCUUACAACAUGUCCCACCUGGUGGGGUUCUACUUGCGGCAGAGCCCCUCGUGGCGGGUGGAGGCUGUGGUGUUCAGCUCCCUCAAUGCCAGUCUGGAUCCGCUACUCUUCUAUUUCUCCUCCUCCGUGGUGCGCAGGGCUUUUGGGAAAGGUUUGCUACUGCUCCGCAAUCCGGGCUCCUCUGUGCUGGGCAGGGGAGCCAAAGAGACAGUGGAGGGCACCAAGAUGGACAGGGGUGGGAGUCAAGCAGAAGGGGUACAGAGCUCCGACUUUGUCACGGAGUGAGUAGAGACCCCCCCGGAUCUUCCCGAGCAUCUGGGUCACCCAGAAGUUGGGCUGGUUAGCAGAGCUCCCGAGAUUUGGUAAAAGAAAAAAGAUUUAAAACAAAGAGAGAAAGACACCCCCACCCACCCAUCUGCCACCACCCUCUCAGCUCAGCAGAACCGCUUGACUGAAUUUUCCUGUCCUGAGAAGCAUAGCUCCAGGAUAUAAGAAGAAAUGGCUACACCUCUACAUCCCUUUCACCCCUGGGAAAAUACACUGUGUUUUCACAGAGGGGUCAGCGGCUCAGAAGCAAGGUGAUUAUUAAUAGGAGUGCAGGUUAUAAAAGUAAUUUCUUUUUUUCUUCAAGCUUGGAAACACCGCCUAGAGACAGUGGUCUGGCUGGUGGUGCUAAAAAGAAGCCAAUGGGCAAAGACUGGGGGGAGAUGGUGGCAAGAAGAGGAAAGCUCCAAGCCACAGGCUUGCCGGGGGACAGGGCUCCCAUCUCUGGUGAGCUUGGCCUUUCUAUGUCUGAUUGAGCUGCCCUCUGUACAUGUGCUCCGCUGAUUUUCGUAUUUCGGUCUCGUCUCCUCCGUUACACUGGGAUCUGGGUUACAUGUUUAUCCUCGGUGUCACUGCACCGGGACUAGGAUGUGUCUUGGUACCCAUCUGUCUGUCAUUGACAAUGAAUGACCUGCCUGGAAGGAUUUUUUUUAAAAUCUGGUUUGACAGGUUAAAAAUAAAGAUUAUGAAAGUCUGAAGCAAAUGUU